UAGCCGGUGAGACUAAGGUUGGAGAUUGCUAGCGCUGUAUGUGUGUGUAUGUGUGUAUUUGUGUUGCCAGGCUGUGUCCGUCUCGGCUGUGUGGAGUUGUUGUUGUCAGGAAGAGUGCGCCUGCGCGGUCCGUGUGCAGCCUCCGCUCCUCUCCAGUGAGCGCCGUGUGGGCUGCUCACGGCUGCAGUGGGUCCAGGUGUUGGCUAGUCACGGGGCACCGUCGGGAAGAAAUACAGUUGCCGUUUUAGCUUAAUGAUCCUCGACAGCGGAGUCGUCUGAAGUUACGGACACCCCAAAUUUACCCUUGGGUUUCUCUCCUCCCAGCGAGCUUACCAUGCACCUCACCCUAUUCCACGCGUCUUCGCCGUUUUAGCUGCCCGCACCCCACCUGUUCCCCAGACGAGCUCUCCUUCGUCAUGUCCCUCCAGCAGGGGAAGGCGACUUACUCGAGGUCGGGGUAAAGGCCUAGUUUGCAGUGCUCCUUCCGUCCUCCUGCUUCCCACCCCUCCCCACCUUCUCUCUCUCUCUCUCUCUCUCUCUCUCUCUCUCUCUCUCACACACACACACACACCGAGCUCAGCAUCAGCAAUCAUGGAAGAGGAACAGCAGCAGCAGCAGCAGCAACAACAAGCCCAGAAAAUGCAAGGCACAGAGCAGUCUGCCCAGCUCCCUCCCUCUGCACCAGGGGCACUGCCAGCCUUAGUGACAGGACUGCAAGGCACAGAGGCCAAUGCACUGCAACACAAGAUCAAGAACUCCAUCUGUAAAUCCAUACAAUCAAAAGUGGACUGCAUAUUGCAAGAAGUUGAGAAGUUUACAGACCUUGAGAAGCUCUUCCUCUACCUCAAACUGCCUUCUGGUCCUAGCAAUGUCGAGAAAAGUGAUCAGAACUCUUUGUCAUCAAGUCGGGCUCAGCAAACACAUGCAUUCUCCUGGAUUCGGAAUACUUUGGAGGAGCAUCCAGAGACUUCACUGCCAAAGCAGGAGGUUUAUGAUGAAUAUAAGAGCUAUUGUGACAAUCUUGGCUAUCAUCCACUAAGUGCUGCAGACUUUGGAAAGAUUAUGAAAAAUGUCUUUCCAAACAUGAAGGCACGUCGCCUGGGCACAAGAGGAAAAUCGAAGUAUUGCUAUAGUGGACUUCGUAAGAAAGCUUUUGUACAUAUGCCGUCACUUCCCAACCUUGACUUUAACACGUCUGGAGAUGGGCUGGACGGAAUAGAAGUUUCCACACUGUUGCAAAGUGCUGAUGAAGAAGUUGUGUCUGCUGCUUGUCGCCUUGUGUGUGAGUGGGCUCAGAAGGUUUUAAGUCAGCCAUUUGAUUCUGUCUUGGAUUUAGCACGUUUUCUCGUUAAAAGCCAUUAUAUUGGCACUAAGUCGAUGGCAGCACUCACUGUAAUGGCGGGUGAUUCAGCAGGAUUAAAGGGAAUUACACAGACUUCAGCUUUUGUUCCUAUGUCUGAAAGCAAUUCUUUCCACCCACAAGUAAGGAACUUGACUUCCCAAGUAGAUGCCAAGCAGCAGCUGCAGAGGAAAAUACAAAAGAAGCAGCAAGAACAGAAGCUUCAGUCACCAUUACCAGGAGAACUUCAAGUGAAAAAACAAGAUGGAACUGCAUCCAAUGGAAUAACCAAUAUUUGUAAUGGAAGCCCUGCCAUCCUCUCUCCUCAGCCUAUUGGCAUUGUAGUGGCAGCUGUUCAAAGCCCAAUUCCGGUACAACGAAACAGGCCUCUUGUGACUUCACCCAGUCCUAUUGGUUCUUCUGAAGGCAAAGUUCUCCCUCUAAAUGUGCAAGUGGUCACUCAGCACAUGCAGUCUGUAAAGCCAAAGACUCCCCAGAAUAUCCCAGCAAGUCCUGUUGGUGAUCGUUCUGCUCGACAUCGAUACCCUCAAAUCCUUCCUAAGCCAGCCAGUUCUAAUGCUUUGACGAUCCGUUCUCCUACCACUGUGGUUUUUACAAGUAGUCCGAUCAAGACAGUUGUUCCUACUCCACAUGUUAGUUCACUGAAUGUGGUUAAAAUGACAACAAUCUCUCUUGCUCCAAGCAGUGCUGGUACCACAGUGAAACAAACUUCCAAUAAUAGUACAAGCGCUACAGACGAGACUAGAACUGGUCCUCAGAUUAAGAAUGGUUCUGUGGUUUCUUUGCAAUCUCCUGUACCCAGAGUAGGCACACCUGUUGCGUCUUCAGUGGAGGUAAAAACAGAACCUGAAAUUGUAUCUGAGGACACGGCAGUGCGGUGCCAAAAGUCUCCUGAUAGUUCCAAAGUUCAAAAAAGAACUUUAAUGAGUUUCACACACAAGGGUAAUCAAGAGAGUGUGACAUCAAAGUUAUCCCACGAUGCUACACGGGAUCAGGCUGUUAAAAGUAUUGAUCACAGAGCUGAAGGAACAAGGACCAAAUGUAAAAGCCGUUCUGUUGAAGGUAUAAAUGUUUCUUCAACAGGCAGUAAUCAGAGUACUCUAACUCUUUGCGUUGCACCUCGAACUUUAUUUAAUAAUCGCUCUAGUCAAAACACUAAUGGAGAUCAAGGAGUGAAAGAUGUCCGAAUGUGUACCAAAAGUCCCCGUAAGCGAUUACCAACUACAGGGCAGGAGUCGCCAAUACCACCAGCUAAAAAAUCACUUCUAGGUCAGUUACCUUCAGAAUGCCCUGCACCAGAAGGUAUUGCUAUUAAAAAGAUUCCUAAAACACUGUCCGCAAAAAAUGAUGAUGCUGUUACUCUUGCUUUAGUACCAAGCAAAGAAACAGAAGGCAAUAAUACCACUUUAGCAGCAAAUUACUCUUUGAGUUGUGUUGCUGAAGCACCCAGUGAUACACCCCAAGAGCUUGUGGCCUCAUCUCAGGAUGUUAACCUAAAACUAGAAGGAAAUGUGUUUAAGUUUGUGAAUGAAUCAAAGUCAGAUAACCCUUUUAGUCAAGAUGCCUGGCAACAGAUAGCUGAAGAUGCAGAUUUCCCGUCUUCUAACUGUGAGCAGACUCAAACUAUUGGUGUACUGGAUAUGUCUGGAACUUCUGGUGCUGAUAACCUGCAGAAACCAGUAUGGGAUACAGUAGAUUUUGAAGGAAUACAGCAGGACACAUACAGCCAGCAACUUGAAGAUUCAUCUUUGAAUCAGCUACAAGCACAUUCUUCAAACCAGUUACCUCAGCGUUCUGACAUGACUGACCCUAGCUUCUUUUCUUUUGAUGAUGACCUCACACAGGACAGCAUUGUAGAGGAACUGGUGCUCAUGGAAGAACAAAUGUCAAUGAACAAUAAUCCUCAGAACUAUGGUAAUUUAGGUAUGGUGUUGCAAAACCAAUCAACCGCUAGCCAUGGGACACCAGUACCCACUCAUCCAGGCAGUGCACACUUUUACCAUUCAGUCCACAGCAGUGUAACACCUGUUCACACACCCACUCCGACGCCAACACCCACUCCAACGUUAACUCCAACUCCAACAUCUGAAAUGAUGUGUGGCACUCAGAGCUUAUCUAGAGAAAGCCCAUGCUCUCGUUUAGCUCAAACAACACCUGUAGAUAGUGCUUUAGGAAGCAGUCGACAUACACCAGUUGGAACUCCUCAUUCUAACUGUAGCAGCAGUGUUCCCCCAAGUCCAGUUGAAUGCAGAAAUCCAUUUGCGUUCACACCUAUAAGCGCAAGCAUCUCAUAUGAUGCUAGCAUUGUGUCAAGUAGUCCGGUCAAACCAAUGCAGAGGCCUAUGGCAACCCAUCCAGACAAAACUAAAUUAGAAUGGAUGAAUAAUGGUUAUAGCAGUGUAGUAAAUCCUUCCAUUUCCAGCCAUGGUAUUCUUCAAAGCUAUAAAGAGCUGGACAGUUUCAGAAAGCCACAUGCGUUUGCAGUGCCUGGUCAGUCAUAUCAGUCUCAGUCUAGACAUCAUGACAAUCAUUUUGGCAGGUUGACCCCUGUGUCACCAGUGCAACAUCAGUUGUCCAUUAUAAAUAAUGCCAGCAAGCAAGAGGGAUUUGCAGUACCUGCACCUUUAGACAACAAAUCUACAAAUUCUUCUGGAAAUAGCAAUUUCAGGUGCCGUAGUGUAAGCCCAGCUGUACAUCGUCAACGUAACCUAAGUGGAAACACAAACUGCCCCGUUUCUAAUGUACCACAGUCUAAUAUGACAGCUUUUGGAACUCUAGUUGCACCAGAGAUUCAGAGUAUACUCAACAAUAUCCAACCAGAUAGUGCCAACAGUAUAGCUCAACGAAGUCAGUCAGUCCCUCUGACAGUAAUGAUGCAGACAGCUUUUCCCUCUUUGCAGAAACAAAGUAACACACAGAACAUCACACAUGUUUUAUUAAGUAAACUGGAUUCUGACCGAGAUGAUGCAGUCAGAGGGCUGGGAAUAAACAACUUGCCUUCUAAUUAUACUGCAAGAAUGAAUCUCACUCAGAUAUUAGAAACAUCUCCUAUGUUCUCUGGUGCCAGUCAGCAAAAUAUAUUGAAUUCCAGCAGUUCAUCUUAUGAAUUCCAAACCCCAUCUUACCUCACAAAAAACAAUAGUUCUGAGCAAAUCAGUUUUACACCUGGAGAAAACCAAGCACAAGCUGAUGAUAUUGGAGAGCAGCAACUUGAUUUUAGUAGCACUGUUAAGGAUCUGUUAGAUGGAGAUAGCCUCCAAACCAACCAGCAGCUUGUGGUUCAAGUGGCCUCAGAGUUGAACAACGCCUCCGACUUCUCCAGCGACAUUCGAUUGUCUUCUGAGCUCUCAGGCAGCAUCAAUGAUCUCAAUACUUUAGAUCCAAAUCUGUUGUUUGAUCCAGGUCGACAGCCUGGGCAGGACGAGGAUGCUACACUGGAGGAACUUAACAAUGACCCUUUGUUUCAGCAGAUUUGCAAUGAAUCCAUAAACUCCAUGACCUCUUCUGGAUUUGAAUGGAUGGAAAGCAAAGACCAUCCUACCGUUGAAAUGUUGGGUUAAUCUUGUAUUAUAAAUGUAGCACACUGUAUCAAAAAGGCAGACGUUGUAUUUGUCUUAAUGGAAGUGCCUCCCGCAGCAGAAAUAUUUGUAAUUAUGAGAUUUUAAUAAGGUUUGCUGCGCAAGUUGAUCUUUCAGCUGUUUUCAACAAGCUUAAAAAUAUCUGCAAUCUUGGGCAAUUGAUGAGCCAGUAUUAAAAUCCAUUUAUGUUUUUGCCCACUUGGUAUAAUUUCACUUGAGCUGACAGUCAUUGAAAAGCCAGUUACACUAAUGAGCAUGUUUUAGUCUGAUGUUUAGCUAGCUCCAGAUCAUGCUCCUCCCAGCUUAUCCUUUAUAAGAACUGCUGUUGUCCUUGAGGUGUAAAGAACAGACAAAUGCCCUCUUGGUUUGAUUAUAAUGAUUAUAAUGACUGGGAUACCGUUGUGAAUACUUCUAUUACUUGUGGCACGUGUAAAUUAUUAUCAAAAGAAAGGAAAGAAAUCUGUUCUUGUUAUAGAAACAUAACUAUGAGCAGUGCCCAGUAGCUGUGUGUUUUUUUUUUUUUUUUAAUGCACUAUGAUGUAAUAAGAACCUUUUUAAACGUCCGUGACCUCACAUGAUAUUUAGAAGUUUUAUUUUUUUUUAAUCCUGGUUUCUCACAUCACUUAAGCAGUUAUGUGAAAUCACUUUCCAGUGAGUUGACGAUGGUGCGGUGAAUUCUAAAACCGUGAGUAAGCUUCUGCGGAAUCGCCACCAUAUUUUGGAGGUUGCUUCCCAAAAGCCUCUCCACUGGCAGUGUAACAGCAGCUGAUAUUAAGCACUGAUAUUUCUAAUAUUAGUACAUAUUAGAAAAUGUGUCUUUGUUGCAUGUAUUUUUUUUUUCUUUUAGUAAGACAAGAGAAGAGAAAUUGGACUUUUAAGAUGACCUUUUACAACUCAUACUCCAUGUUUUAGGAUGCUUGCAUGCAUAACAGUGGCUGCCCUCUUUUUAAUGAUUAAGACGUAAGAAAGUUAUUGCUGGACACCGGAUAUAGGAAGAAUGCUUUCCUGUGAAGUGUUGCAUUAAUCACUUUUUUAUCAAUAUGUAUGUAGUGGCCAAGAAGGCUGUUGGGUAAGGAUAUGGACCGUAUACUCCUCAAGAUUUUUAUAAUCAACCAUGCCAUUCAGAAUUAUGAAGCUGUCACUGAAGGUUUUAAAAAGAGAAAAAUGCAUGUUAAACAAUUUUAGCUGUGUGUGCAAGCUUUGGAUACUCUCAAACUUCCUUGUUCGAUAUUCUGCAGCGCUUCAGCCCAUCAUUUAAAGCAGUGUAAAAACGACAACAGAAGUCCCCACAAAUGUAACAUUUUUGACCUUGCCUAUAAUCAAAUGGCUUAGUUGUGUAGAGUAAUCAUUUUGAUUAUGUGUUUAUCUCAGCCAGCUAUCGUUGUCAAAAUGCAAAUACCAUAAAGUUCAAAUUGUUUCCUCAUCCUCCGAAACAAACGGUGCUAAGGCCAACUCCAGAGCUUUGUAAACUUGUAUGUGAUAGUUUCCUUGGCCAUUCUAUGUGCUGGUAUUUUUAAAUAUUUUUUAAUACCUGCUCUUAGUACUUGUUACUACUGUACAUUGAGAUGGAGCACUAUUGCGUACCAAAGUAUUAAAAAAAAAAAGUAGAAGAAAACCCAAAGGAUAAAUUUGGUUUAUUUUAAUUGUGACCUUUGCAGGCAAAAAUUGUGUUUGUCUGUUGGGGGAAAUAAAGCGGUGAGCACGUUAGUACCAUAGCAGAAAUGUCAUUCUUUAUCCUAGUUUUAAAAACAAAAAAAAAAAGGAUUAUAUUUAUGCAAGAUCUAUAUAAACACCAGUGCUUUUACUGCUUUUCAGUGUUUGCAGGGCUGCCAUGGAAUAUGAUCCGCUAGCAGCAAACACUAUAAUUUUAUUUAGAUAGCAAAAAAAAAAUUGUAAAAAGAGAGAACCAUUGGCAAUGUACCCCUAUGUACAGUAUUGCAGCAAACACUUUCAAUUUUGAUUGGAGGCAUUUUCUGUAAGAUUAAUGUCUUUUCAUACUGCCUUGAAGUAUGACAUUUUGCUGCCAGAAGAUGGCACCAUUAGCAAUGGAAAAGGAUUAAUCAUGCGGACAUUCUCGGGUUCAUCUAUUGCACUAACUCUCCCUUGAACCUGUGGCACAUCUCUUCUGAUAAAUGCAACUAUUUUGCCCCAAGAGAAAAAAAAAUAGAGAAAAAUAAUUUCAUUCUAUUAAAAAAAAAAAAUCAAAUAAAUAAAAGUUUAAAAAAAAAAAAAGAAAAAUGUCAUACAAAUGACAGAUUCAAUUGUCUUAUGUAGCAAUGUGCAUUGAUCUCAGUGAGAUAUUCUAUUUCUUAUUCUCUUACAUGAGAAUAUUACAGCAGGAAGAAAUUACAUUUAGUUGCUUCACCGUGUUAAUACAUGAUCACAGUAUGUGCAUGUGUGUUAUUACCUUGUACAGUCUUGGUAUAUUCUUGUAACCACUUUUUUGCUGUAUUAAAAUUUGUUCUGUGUUGCCCUGGCAAAUCUAGUUAUUCACAGGAUGUUUCCUUUUAUGUUUACUAAUUCAGAUUAGUUGUUUGAAACUUUCCCACUUGUUUGUUUUUGUUUUAUUCCCUCAAAAAAAAAUUCUGUUUUAAAUUGACUUUUUUUAUCAUGAUACUCCAUUGCAAAUGCUCUUUUUGCAAACAAUUGCAUUACUCAGAGCUUUGGACUAUGAAGGGAAGAUUAUCCUGUGCAAUGCAUCUGAGUUACUGCAUAGAAGCAGCAGAAUGUGCACUACCUAUCGCACAUCAUCAAAAUACUCCCCUCUCAGUUUUUUACUGCAAAAAGACAUCUGAUGACCCCCUAUUUCAUUGUCUGAUGUACUGCUGAAACCACAGUAGUUUAAACUUGCAGUAGAAUUUCAGUUAUGUUUUAUAUGAAAAGUGCUCAAAAAAUGUUUUUUUUAAAUGUUUUCAAAAAACAAUAAAAAUAUUUUAUAUGAA